AUGUCGCACGAGAAUCGCAUUGCGGAAGCGAACAACGCUGUGCUGGCGAUCCGAAAAACAGUUGACAAGGAGUUUUACCCGCAUUAUCACAUUUCCCCGUAUGCAUGCUCGAUGAAUGCGCCAUGUGGUAUAGUCUACUUCAAUGGUCUCUAUCAUGUUUUUUACCAGCAUAACCCAUUUGGCGUGGAGUGGGGACCAUUGCACUGGGGUCACUCGACGAGCGAUGAUAUGAUUCACUGGCGGCACCAUCCCAUCGCACUUGCUCCUGGUGAUGAGUGGGAUCGCGAUGGAUGCUUUUCUGGCAGCGCGGUCGUAUACGAUGAUCGACUUUAUGUAUUUUACACUGGCCACCACUGGCUUACCGAUGUUGCCGAUGAUAGUCAGAUAUAUCAGGUGCAAUGCCUGGCUAUCAGCGAGAACGGGUUUUAUUUUGAGAAGCGGGGUAUUGUAGUAAAGCCGCCGGCCGGCUUUUUCCAUUUCCGAGACCCGUACGUGUGGUUCCAGGAUGGGCGAUGGUGGAUGGUGUGUGGCGGUCGCGACUCCAAGGAUCAGGGCCAGCUUCUCUUAUACAGCACUGAUGACCUGGAGGAUUGGGACGACAGUACAUUUAUGAUUCUGUCCAAGUCAGAUGAUCGUAACGUAUACAUGUGCGAACACCCCGGCUUUUUCUCACUGCAGCACCGCCAGCUGCUUAUGUUCUCGCCACAAGGGAUGCAGUCUGAUGACUACAUGUUCCGGAAUCGGUACCAAACAGGGCUGUUGAUGGGCGUAUGGAGGCCGAAUGAGAUCUUUAGCAUCACUUCCAGCUUCAAAAAGCUGGACCUGGGACACGACUUUUAUGGAGCACAGUCCUUCCUAACGCAUGACGGUCGACGUGUCUUUAUUGGCUGGCUCGACAUGUGGGACACGAACAUGCCCACAAAACAGCACAACUGGGCGGGCAUGCUCUCUCUGCCUCGCGUUCUUCUUGUUGACGAAGUUAGUGGCAGAAUUCGUACGCUGCCUAUCAAGGAGCUGGAAAACAUCCGUAGUACCUAUCAGCAUGUAUCGCAGCAGACUGUGUGUGACAAUACGCAGGUGCGGUUGCUCAAUGACUGCACGUCGUAUGAGGUGCGCGUGCUGUUCGACCUGGAAAAGAGCACGGCAGAAAAGUACGGCCUGUGGCUCGGUAGAGGGCUGGAGAUUUACGUCGAUGAGCAAAGCAAGCGUCUCGUGGUCAACCGCCACUACCCCAACUACGACAUUAGCGGAUACCGCAGCUAUGCGCUUCCGGUACAUCCGUUACUUCUAGUGCACGCGUACUUUGACAUGUCUAGCGUAGAGGUCUUCGUGAACGAAGGUGAGGCUGUGCUGAGUACCCGCAUUUAUCCGGCGCGCAAGGAUCGGGCGCUUUCUCUCUUUGCAGUCAACGGCACCGCCCACAUUAUGCAAGGCGACAUUUGGGCGUUGAACCAGGCAGUUAUGCAGUAG